GAACAAGCAGAUAAGAAAUUUAAAGAAAUUGGUGAGGCCUAUGCAGUUUUAUCAAAUGAGGGGGAAAAAAAGCGUUACGAUGCUUCACUAGCUAGCAAUAGCAAGUUCGAAACAAGUUCGGACUUUGAUUUAAAGGAGUAUUUUGAAACUCAAUUAGAAGUAAUUGGGGAAGAAAUAAAGUGA